AUGAACUACUUUUUGGGAAUUGAGGCAGUAAGGAACAGUGACCAAGUAAUGACCCUAUGCCAAACAAAGUAUAUCAAAGAACUCUUAGUUAAAGUAGGGAUGCAAGAAGCCAAAGCAAUACCUACUCUAAUGGCAUCUAGUCUGAAACUCUCAGUGCAAGGAGGAGAAUUAUUUCAAAAUCCAGCACAAUAUAGAUCAGUUGUUGGAGGACUCCAGUAUGCAACAAUCACAAGACCAGAAAUCUCUUAUGCAGUAAACAAAGUAUCGCAAUUCAUGCACCAACUGUUAGACAACCACUGGAAAGCGGUAAAGCAAAUCCUCGGGUACUUAGCAGGGACACUUCAGCAUGGAUUAAGGUUCCAAAAGUCUGAUGAGAGUAGAAUCUAUGCACUCACAGACUCAGAUUGGGGAAGUGAUGUAGACGACAGAAAGUCAACAAGUGGAUUUUGUGUCUUUUAUGGACCAAAUCUUGUCUCUUGGUCCAGUCGAAAGCAACAUGUAAUAUCAAGAAGCUCCACCGAAGCUGAAUAUAUAGGGAUAGCUGCUGGACUUGCUGAAGUCAUCUGGUUGCAGAACUUGUUGAAUGAAAUGAGGAUACCUUGCACCACCAAACCAAACCUAUAUUGUGAUAGUUAG